AUGGAAGCUGAUGGACACCAGUCCCACCCUCGUGACAAGGGACAGGUGGCCCGUCAGGGCCUGCAGCUGCUGUCCUUGCGUCGCUUCCUGCGAACGCUCCAACGCCCGCAGCGCCACACCUGGCGGGCGAACCGGAAGAAACCACCGGAGGCCUUGCUGUCGCGGCCGUUCCAGAAACCUCCAACACCUUGGUCUCCCGAUGGUUUCUAUGAGGAGGCGGAAGAGCCAGGGAGUUGGAUGGAGCAGUACACCGGGGAGGUCUACAUCCAGGAGUUGGCAUCCAUGCUCCCAGUGGAGGUGUUGAAGGCCUUCCUGCCGCUGCAUUCCGUGCGGAUCCUGGACCUUUGCUCAGCCCCUGGAUCCAAGGCCUCACAACUGGCAUUGGAACUUACAGGUGAAUCGGUGCUGAUGUGCAACGAAGCCAAGACGUCCCGGGCACAGAUCUUGCGAUGCAAUCUCUUGAAGACAGUUGUGGCGGAUCGGUGCUUGAUCCUUCAAGAAGAUGGCCGACAUUUAGCUGCGGCUGGAUCUGCGUGUUUCGAUGCCAUCUUAUUGGACGCCCCCUGCAGUGGGGAAGGGAACUUACGACGAAUCCCUGAGGUCAUUGAGCGUAUUCAAGCGCCAAACUAUGGACGAAUCAAAGCAGAGAACGCUUCGCUCCAGAAGCAGCUCCUGCAAAGUGCUUGGCGCAUGCUACGUCCUGGGGGCUUCUUGGUGUACUCUACUUGCACACUGAACCUCCAGGAGAAUGAGGAGGUCUUGGAGCAUCUGCCGAUGGCUGAAGCCGAGUUCAUGGACCUACCAGCCAGGUUGGGCUUCCCCAGCUGCUCGAGCCUUGGGCUGCGUCUGUGGCCACACCACUGGGACUCCGAGGGCUUUUUCGUGGCAUGCAUCCGGAAGCGAGGUGGUGGAGGGCAGUCAGUGGCAGCUCCAACACCGCGAGCGCCCUGGCCCUGGAGCACCUUGAGCUGGGAAGAGUGGAACGACUUGCGAGCUGAAGCGACUGAUGAUUGGCCAGAUCUGACGCCUUCGGAGGUAUCGCGGGUGGCACGCUACCGAGGUGACCUCUUUUUGUUGCCGCCUUUGAAUGCCUUGAAUGGCUUGGAUCAUUUGCUACCGAUGACCACCCCGGCCCUGCGCCUAGCCCCGCUGGAGCUGCGGCUUCACGGUGCCCGCGCAGCAGCGGGAGAGGAUUGGGUGGCGCUGGCAGCGCAGCUUGGGGGUGGCCUGGGAGCCUACACGGCACAGAUGGACGCCCUGGUGCAACGAGGCGCACAUUGGCAGAGUGCCGUCCAGAUCUUCGACCGCUUGGGGGAAGAACGUCUGAAAGCUGACCUCAUCGCCUGCAACACCCUGAUGAAGGCUUAUUCCAAAGGCGGUGCUGCUGGCGCAGCGCGGAAGCUUUUGAAGCAGAUGAGAUCGUGGAUCAUAGCCCCAGAUGUCACCACCUAUGCUGCUGCCAUGAAGGCUGCUGAUGCGGAAGAACUUUUCCAGGAUCUCAGAGAAGAUGGUCUUCAGCCAGAUGUUAUCACCUAUACAGUGCUGAUGGGUGCGUACGCCAAGCGCGGCCGCAGGGCGAAAGCGGAAGCCGCACUGCGAGACAUGUCAAGGGAUGCCCUUCAGCCCGACGUCAUCGCCUACACCGCGCUGCUGGACCUCUACGCCAAGCUGGGCGACCUGGAAGCGCUGCGGAGACUGCUCGCGACCAUGGCACCGAACGUGGUGAGCUUUACGGUGCUUCUGAAAGCCCUGGUGAAGCUGCAGCGGCUGCAGGAAGCGCAAGAGACUCUGGAGGAGAUGCAGCUGAAGCGCAUGGCGAAUCUCAUCAGCUACACCUCCCUCUUGAGUGCUUUUGCGAAGAAAGGACAGCACCCUAUGACUUUCGUGACUUUCACUGCCGCCAUCUUUGCUCAGCUCUGAGUCCACUGAACAUCUCACAGGUUGACAUUUCACGUAUUGUGAUCAAGUGGUGCAGCCACGUUUGAUCGUGCAGCUUGGGGCGGCGAAGGCUCGUCUGAACUUGGAGGUCAUGAAGGCAUGGAAGGUGCUGGUUCUCAUAGCUGCGAUCUUCUCUGGAGUACUUCAUGGCUGUGACCAGGAAGAGGAGGAUGCUCCUAUGGCCAAGGACGACGGCGACGGCGACCAUGACGACCAUGGCCAUUCCCAUUCCGACAACGACACGGUGAUGACAAGAACCACAACAUUCACCGCCACACCGAGCACUACAGCUGUGCCGACCACUGACCAUGGUGAUGAGGAGGAUCAUGGCCACUCGCACCGGUGAAGUAAAGGCAACGCUGAAGGCAAUGGUCAUUUGGAUGGACAUUGAGUUUAAUAUGGUGAGAGCGUUUCACACUUCAUCGCAAAGGCAGGGUCUGCAAACACUGCGGAUAUCAUCCUGAAAAUAUGAUACCUUUGCGAUCCUUUGUAAUUGGUGUUUAGUUUAGUUGCUGUUUAGUGCUCAAAAGUGCUUGGGAGACGUUGAAAGGUCUACAGUAGUGGCACUUGGUGAAGUUGCUGCAUUCCCAAGAGAUGAGUCAAAAAGAGGAAGCGGCUAUUUGUUUCGUGAACGUCGGAUUCCAAGACACGUGCAGCUCAGACAUCUCUGCAGAGAAAAGUCAGGGAUCUGUAGAGUCUGUGAUGCCAAGCAUUGUGUCGUGCAGAUUACUCUCUCCUGAAACAUGUGGAUGGGCACAUUUUCUAAAGAUCACAUUGGCUCCAUAUCCCAAUGCAGCAUUCAUUGUCCUCAACUGAAGACCUCCCAAUGGAAUUCUAUAUUUUACCCUCUGG